ACCAAUCACUCCUGUUGUUUAUAGCCAUGGAUAUGUCUGUGUGCUCUGAUUCCAUCGAGAAAGAUGUCCCGGAGGAACGAGACGUGAGGAAGAAGCAGUCUUUUGGGAAAUGGCAAACCUUGAUCCUCGCCUAUGAAUCCAUCGGCGUCAUCUACGGCGACAUCGGAACCAGCCCUCUCUAUGUCUUCUCGUCCACCUUUAGCGAGAGUCCCAGCCACGAUGACCUGCUCGGCGCCACCUCAUUGAUCAUCUGGAGUCUGACCAUCAUGGUCACGAUCAAAUACAUCUUGAUCGUGCUUUUAGCGGACGAUGAGGGAGAGGGAGGGACUUUUGCUCUCUACUCUCUUCUCUCGCGAUACGCAAAAAUCCUCCAACGCGAUAUGCGCGAGGAACGGAUGGUGCAGAUGCAGCGAUAUCAAACGGAUGAAAUGCACCGGCCGAAUUCCUCCUUCCGGGCUCUCCUUGAAACCAGCUCUGUGGCCCAGUGGUUCCUCAAGGUGGUUGGAGUGUUUGGCGUGGCGUUACUUUUAGCUGAUGGUGUUUUGACUCCUGCACAAUCUCUCCUCGGGGCUAUUCAGGGGGCUACGGUGGUCAAUCCUUCAGUGGACAGCUCAACUGUGAUCGGCAUCUCCUGCGCCAUCAUCGUUCUGGUCUACGCCUUACAGCCCUUUGGCACAGGCCGGUUGGCCGUAUUCUUUGCCCCGAUUGUGAUUCUAUGGUUGAUCUUCAACCUUUCUUUUGGAAUAUAUAACCUCGUUCAUUACGACGCCUCCGUCUUCAAGGCUGUGUCUCCCUAUUUUGCUGGGGCCUUCCUGGUGCGCAACGGACGCGACGGAUGGUUGGCCCUGGGAGGGAUUCUUCUCGCCUUUACUGGUGUUGAAGCCUUAUUUGCCGAUCUGGGGGCGUUCAGCAGGGGGGCCAUUCAAAUCUCAUGGUGUUGUUUCGCCUAUCCAUGUCUUCUCAUUGGGUAUAUCGGUCAAGCAGCGUAUAUUAGCCACACUCCCAGCGCAUGGUCGAAUCCCUUCUAUUUGACCGUCCCCCCUGGCAUGCUGUGGCCGAGUCUGAUCCUGGCGAUUCUCGCCUGUAUCGUUGCCAGCCAAGCGGUCAUCACCGGUGCUUUUCAGCUUCUCUCGCAAAUUAUGAAAUUGUCGUAUUUCCCCCAGAUCAAGGUCAUCCACAUGUCCAAACAGUACUAUGGACAGGUCUACAUUCCGUUUGCCAACUGGAUUUUGAUGAUUGGGACAGUCGUUGUGACGGCAGUCUAUACCAAUACAACCAAUCUGGGCCACGCAUAUGGCGUCUGCGUUAUUCUGGUGACUUUCCUGACAACAUGCAUGGUGACGCUGGUUGCGGUGCUCGCCUGGCGACUCCCCGUGUACCUGGUGAUGCCGGUCUUUGUGGUGUUCGCGUUAUGGGACGGGAUGUUCCUGUCGGCGGCGAUGACCAAGAUCCCCCACGGCGCAUGGGUGACGCUGAUGAUUGCCGGCGUGCUCACGGCCUUCUUUGUUCUCUGGCGGUACGGCAAAGAGGAACAAUGGCGGGCUGAAUCGGCGGAUUAUUUCCCUCUAUCGGGGAUACUAUCGGCAUCCAGAGAGAAUCACCAGCUCCAUCUUUGCGCCGAGAAAGAGCCCACCAAACCCAUCAUCUCAACUCAUGGUCUGGGCAUCUUCUUCGACAAACCAGGCAGUCCUGCCGUGGCGCCUCCUGUGCUCGCCCACUUCCUGAACAAGUUCACUGCUGCGCCGGAAUUCAUUGUCCUCUUCCAUCUGCGUCCGUUGCAGGUUCCCACCAUCCCGCUCGAGGACCGGUACCAGAUCGUCAGAUGUUACGCCAGUGAAUCUCUGCCCACCGAUGCUUCAAGCAUCCCGACUUCUUCCAACUCGCAGCGGGUCGUUCUCCCGAAUUGUUUCCGGUUCAUCGUACGCUACGGAUACACCGACGAUGUGAUCACCCCCAAUCUCGGCCAGGAAGUGGCAGAGAACCUGCGUCGCUUCCUGGUCGAGAACGGCGAGACGGCCGCCCUGCAGAGCCUGGAGCGGGCGUACGCAGCGCAGGUGGUGUAUAUCGUGGGCAAGGAGCAGCUGCGGAUCCGGCGGGGAUCAGGGAUCCUGCGCUGGCUGAUUUUGAGUGUGUUUUUAUGGGUGAGAGGCAUCACGGCGCGGAAAGUACAGGCGUUGAAUGUGCCGGUCGAUCGGUUGGUGGAGGUGGGCUUUGUCAAGGAUAUUUGACUAGGGUUGGCUUUGGCAAGGAUAUAACCCUAGGGUUUUGUUAGGGUUUAUGGUUUAUGGAUAAACCCUAGGGUUGUCGUUUAUGAGUAUUGACUAACCCUAGGGUUAAUGGUUACCUAUAAACUCUAACCCUAGGUUGGGUUUAGGGUUUAGGGUUAUUUGGUAAACCCUAGGGUUAUGGCUACUCACAAAACCUAAGCCAUAGGGUUAGGAUCAGGUAACUACCUAAUAGUGGUACAGAGAUCAACCCUAACCCUAAUACUAAAUAUUCAUGCAUUAGAUAGGCAGUGAUUCAUGAACUCUAUUUAGAUUUAAUGCCAAGUUUUUGACUUAUGGAUCCAC